AUGGAAGAGGAGGAGGAAGACGUAUCGGCAGGAACCAGUGGACCUUCUCCUGCUCCUUACAACAGAGAGCUGCUGAGCUGUGGGACAGUCCUUCAAAUAUCUGAUUUACCAGACGACGGCUUUUCCGAUCAAGAUAUUAAAAAAAUCGUUCAGCCCUUUGGCAAAGUUAGCGAUCUCCUUGUGAUUCGCUCGAGGAAUGAGGCCUUCUUGGAAAUGAACUACAAAGAAGCCGUGAUAGCAGCGGUGAAAUACGCUGAAACUGUCCCCGUGCUGGUAAAUGGCAAACAGGUGAAAAUCAGUGUCGCCGAGAAGCCGAAACCACCUCCUGGCCAGGCCAAAAUGAGUAUUAAAAAACGGGCUCCGAGUAUUAAAAAAGUUGCACCGAGCACAAGCAGAAAGGAUAAGACCACCUCUAAGACAAUUAAACCCGCUACAAGUAAAAAAGAGAAGACUAGGAAAUCGUCGGCAACAGGAGAUAGCAAAAGCAAGAAAACUUCAAAUACUGCAGAACAGACGCAGCCCGAGCUUUUCGCACCCUUGGCUGCGCUCGCCGGUGUCGUAGAUCAAAAUCUCCAGGUGAAGACCUUCAGCUCGCAGCAGAAGCUGAAACGGAAACUCCGUCAGACCCAAAGAACGUUACCAGAGGGGACGGAGUUACGGAGCCUGCGAAGACAGGAGAGACUCAGGCCAAAGGAGUGGCCAGUCUUGCACCUGCCCCAGGAACUCGAGGAUGUGUGUGUGGUUCUUAUUUCCAACUUGGCUGAUAAAGGAUAUUCCGUUGAGGAAAUUUCCAACCUAGCGAGGCCAUUCGGAGGACUGAGGGAUGUGCUGAUCUUAUCAUCUCACAAAAAGGCCUAUCUGGAAAUGAAUCGAAAAUCUGCAGACUCCAUGGUGAAGUUUUACACCUGCUUUCCAAGGUUCCUGGAUGGAAAUCAGCUCUGCAUCAACAUGGUGCCUCAGUUCAAGACCAUAAAAGAUGAGGAAGCAAUAUUUACUGCUAUAAUUAAAAAAUCUGACGCUAAGGUGAACGCCGAAACGAUACACAACCAGUUUGUGCACCUCGGGAACUUGCCGGAUGACGGGUACAGAGAACUGGAAGUGGUUUGCGUGGGGCUGCGAUUUGGACAAGUAGAUAAUUACGUUGUGCUGAAGAAUAGAAACAAGGCAAUUCUACAGCUCGACAGUUCCCAGUCAGCCAGGUCCAUGUACAGCUUCCUGAAGCAAUAUCCAUAUAAUAUGGGGAAGCAUACCCUGACCUGCUCGCUGUCACCCAGCGGAGAGCCUCCUGAGGCUGAGGUGGUGAAAACGGAAGUGAAGAUGGAGGAGCCGAGCGGAGGAAGUGUGGCAAAGAAGGGGCCCGUUCCCGUCUCUCAUGGCAAAGACAAGACGGCAGCAGUACAGAUAGAGCCCUCUGGGUCCCUUGAGAGAGCAGGAAGGGACUCCGUUCCGAGGCCGGCAGAAACGUCUCUGGAGAAAGAAGACGCUGGAGUUGAAGCUCCCGUGGCAUCCGUGAAAUCCGCCGAUACCGAGCCAUCUGAGGGGAGGUCAGAAGAGAUGCCGCUGCCUUCCUUCAGCGUGGAGAAAGGAGAGGCGGUUUAUAUCAAAGCAGAGCUGUUAGACUCUGCUGUUGCAUCCGCCCCGGAGAAGGAAAUGGGAGAUGAGGAGUUGUCAGCUCCUGCCGCUGAACCACCGGGAUUGCGGGAUGCGGUCAAGGCCGAAGACGUGCUGCCGGGCUGUGCUGUGAAGCUGGCAGCAGAGGAGUCGACGGGGGCUGUCCCUGAAGUGCUGCCCCCUGCUUCCGAUGCAGCGUCGGCAGAUGUGGGGCCGGCUGUCGGCGCGCAAGCCAACAGGUUGGAUUCUCCGGGAAAAAAUCCUGUUGCUGUGCAGACCAAACAUGGCAUGCCUGUGACCCCGAGCCCGGGGAAGAGCCCUGUAGUUAAAACUGGCUUGGCCACGAAGAAGCAACCGGACGUAGCCAGAGCCAACAAAGCGGUGAAACCAGAACAGCCUGUGCUCAGAGUUGGAAGAGCUGUGAAGGAGAACCCGGAAAAGCGUUUGGUCAAGACUGGGAUGGAGAGAGAAAAGAAACCCGCGAAACGUGUGGCCCGGGUUGCGGCGGCUGUGGAAAGCGCAGCAGGUGCUGUCGGUGAGAGCAGCAAGGGAAAGUUAAUCAAAGCGCACCCAAAUAAAGGGCCGCGACCAGCAAGGACUGGUGGAACCUGCAGGGUAGUUACGUUAAACCCCUCUUUAUCUGUCAAGAAAUCUUCCUCUGUCGGUAAAAUGAUUCUGAAGGCAGUGGUGUCUCUUCCGGAUAUAUCCAAGUCAAGGAUUCCCAUAUGGAGAAAUAAGCCUUCCGUGUGUAAAGGAGGGGAGCAGAAAGCUCCCUUGAAACCCGAGAGCCAAGGCCAAGCGUUGGCGGCGGCGAAGAACGCGGCGUUGGAAGAGGAGGAUCGUCCGCGACCCGGUGGCAGCCGAACCAUGCCGGGACACCGCAGCCGCAAAGGCGCAGUGAGCAGAAGUGCUGUUGUUGGUGGAAAGGGAGGCAAUGGGAGGAAUUCAUCCCUGCAAGAGAAGGACUCGCGAGUGGAAACUAGGGCUAGUUCAAAACAGUCUCAAGAGGGAGAGAAUAGACCGUCCGCCAAGAAAGACAACAGCAGCAAUAAGACAAGUUGGAGUAGCGAGGGCGACCAGUUGCGUUUAGAUGCGGUGAGCGCGACGCAAGCUUGCGUUGGUGGGAACGCCAGGCCGUUGAAAAGGGGCACUAGCGGCAGUGCAAAACGGAAGGAGGAUGAAGAGCUGUUUCUGUUUAACCUGGAUGAAUUCGUUACCGUGGACGAGGUCGUAGAGGACAUCGAGUCUCCUGUUAAAAAACGGCGAAAUCCUCUGAAGAGGAAGAAAAAAGUUGCUAAAAACCCUUUGGAACCCAAUCCCAAGAGGAAAAAAAGGAAGGGCUCUGCGGCACGCGUCGCUGGAAGCAAGCAGUCUUUCGUCACGUUGGACGAGAUCGGGGAGGAGGAGGAUGCGGCCGCGCACGACCCCCAGAGCCUGGUUGUAGUGGAUGAAGUGAUGGAAGAGGAAGAACUGAUGUCGGAAGCGGUGAAGGAUCCGCGGGCGCUGGUCACUUUGGAUGAGCUGUGUGAGCAGGAGGAGCUCGGUGCUCAGAAAGGUGUGCCUAGGUCAGGGUUUGAGGAGCAGGGUUUGAAAGCCGAACCCUUGGUCACCGUCGACGAAAUCGGUGAAGUGGAAGAGCUACCGCUCAACGAACCUACGGAGCUGAAUAUGGAGGAGGUGCUGAAACACCGGGAGGGGGAGAAGGUGGCCGCCGAGGACGCCGGAGAUGGUGCCUCCUCCCAGGUCCCUGACGAUCCCAGUGCUUUAGUGACGGUGGAUGAGAUCCAAGAGGACAACGAAGAAAACCCCCUAAUGACUUUGGAUGAAGUUAACGAAGAAGAUGAUGAUUUUCUGGCCGAUUUUAAUCGUCUCAAAGAGGAACUAAACUUUGUUACGGUCGAUGAAAUUGGAGAGGAGGAUGAGGAAGAAGAGAGGUCAGGUGGGAUCCCGAGGGAGAAAACGAGUGCCGAAGCGGAAGAAAAUGGCUGCGCCGGCUGUGUCAAAGACACCGAGUGCUCCAAAAG